GGGCGGGCCAAUGGCGGUGGCGGACACGGCGGGCCAAUGGGCGGGAGCGUCUCAUGCGGCCGGCGCCCGCCGCAGCCGCCGCCGGGUCCUGGAGCCAGAGGCCGCCCGCGACGGCGCGCGAUGGAGCGAGGGCCCCAGCCGGGGAGGCGCCGCCGCCGAGCCUGCGGCCAGACGCCCCCUCAGUAGCGUGCACCGAGCGCCGCGGCGCCGCCGAACCCCGCGCGCACCCGAGGGGCGGGCUCGCCUCCAGCGAGGCGCUCGUAGCUCCGCCGGUUCCCGGAGCCCGCCGCCGCCGCUGCCUUCCCGCUCGGACCGCGCGCCCGGGAGUCGCGGCCGCGGCUGCAUGGGCAGCGCCCGCGCCCCGCCGCUCAGCCGCUGCCGAGCCGCGCAGCCCUCGGAGCCGGGGGAGCACCACGUUCAGCCAGUGAGUGCACCGGCCAUCCCUAUAUAGAAUCCGAACCCGCAGCCUCGGCGCUACCAGCGCUGCACUCUCCCGAGUGAGCCACGGGGCCGGCCCAAAAUCAAAUUUUCCUACCUCUCAGAACACACACAGCCGUGGUCUGGGACGCUCCUCUGUUGGAUUUAAUACACGUCUCAUCAGCAUCGACAUUUGGCAUGGAAUCGCAGACGGUUGACGACGAGGCGAUGGAGGCAUAAAUGAAGACCAGGUGAGGGGAGCAGAACGAUGCCCAAGGGUGGGUGUCCUAAAACACCACAGCAAGAAGAGUUUCCCCUCAGCAACGACAUGGUGGAGAAGCAGACCGGGAAAAAGGAUAAAGAUAAAGUUUCUCUAACCAAGACCCCAAAGCUGGACCGCAGUGAUGGAGGGAAGGAGGUGAGAGAGCGGACAACCAAGAGGAAGCUUCCCUUCACCGUGGGGGCCAAUGGGGAGCAGAAGGACUCGGACACAGAGAAGCAGGGUCCUGAGCGGAAGAGGAUUAAGAAGGAGCCUGUCACCCGGAAGUCCGGACUGCUGUUUGGCAUGGGGCUGUCUGGGAUCCGAGCUGGCUACCCGCUCUCCGAGCGCCAGCAGGUGGCCCUCCUCAUGCAGAUGACAGCCGAGGAGUCUGCAAACAGCCCAGUAGACACAACACCAAAGCACCCCUCCCAGUCUACUGUGUGUCCAAAGGGGACGCCCAACUCUGCCUCGAAAACCAAAGACAAAGUGAACAAGAGAAAUGAGCGAGGAGAGACCCGCCUACACCGAGCUGCCAUCCGAGGCGACGCACGGCGCAUCAAGGAGCUCAUCAGUGAGGGUGCGGAUGUCAAUGUCAAGGACUUUGCAGGCUGGACGGCGCUGCAUGAGGCUUGCAACCGGGGCUACUACGACGUGGCAAAGCAGCUACUGGCCGCAGGUGCAGAGGUGAACACCAAGGGCCUGGAUGAUGACACGCCGCUGCACGAUGCCGCCAACAACGGGCACUACAAGGUGGUGAAGCUGUUGUUACGGUAUGGAGGGAAUCCUCAGCAGAGCAACAGAAAAGGCGAGACGCCGCUGAAGGUGGCCAGUUCCCCCACCAUGGUGAAUCUCCUAUUAGGCAAAGGCACAUACACGUCCAGUGAGGAGAGCUCCACCGAGAGCUCAGAAGAGGAGGAUGCCCCAUCGUUUGCUCCAUCCAGUUCAGUUGACGGCAACAACACGGACUCUGAAUUUGAGAAGGGCCUGAAGCUCAAGGCCAAGAGUGCAGAGCCACCGAAGCCGGCGACCCCUGUCAAGGACGAAUACGAGUUUGAUGAGGACGAUGAGCAAGACCGGGUCCCUCCUGUGGAUGACAAGCACCUGCUGAAGAAGGACUACAGGAAAGAAGCAAAGUCAAACAGUUUUAUUUCCAUACCCAAAAUGGAAGUUAAAAGUUACACUAAAAAUAACACCAUUGCACCAAAGAAGGCAGCCCAUCGCAUCUUGUCAGACACGUCUGAUGAGGAGGAUGUGGGAGUGGCCGUGGGGACGGGGGAGAAGCUGAGGCUCUCAGCACAUGCAGUGGUGCCCAGUAGUAAAGCGCGGGAGGCUUCCAGCUCCAAGCAGCAGAAGGAAAAAAGUAAAGUGAAGAAGAGGAGAAAGAAGGAAACAAGAGGCAAAGAGGUUCGGUUUGGAAAGAGGAGCGACAAGCUCUGCUCCUCCGAGUCGGAGAGCGAGUCCUCAGAGAGUGACGAGGAUGACAGGGACUCUGUGGGCAGCUCUGGCUGCCUCAAGGGGUCCCCGCUGGUGCUGAAAGACCCCGCCCUGUUCAGCUCCCUGUCCGCCUCCUCCACCUCGUCCCACGGGAGCUCCGCGGCCCAGAAGCACCACCCCAACCACACAGACCCACACGCCAAGCCCUGGCGAACAGACAAUUGGAAAACCAUUUCCUCCCCCGCCUGGUCAGAGGUCAGUUCUCUGUCAGACUCCACAAGGACGAGACUGACCAGCGAGUCUGACUACUCUUCCGAGGGCUCCAGCGUGGAGUCGCUGAAGCCCGUGAGAAAGAGGCAGGAGCACCGCAAGCGGGGCAGCCUCCAGAGCGCCAUGCCCGAGAAGAAGAACCCCAUUCACCCCAGCGUGGAUGGCUCUGUCCCCAAGCUGGACAAGGAGGGGAAGGUCAUCAAGAAACAUAAAACAAAACACAAACACAAAAGCAAGGACAAAGGACAGUGUUCCGCCAGCCAGGAACUUAAACUGAAAAGCUUCACUUACGAAUAUGACGACGUCAAGCAGAAGUCAGAUAAGGCCAUACUUCUAGAUAAUGAUAUUUCCACUGAAAAUAAGUUAAAAGUAUUAAAGCAUGACAGAGACCAUUUUAAGAGAGACGAGAAACUCAGCAAAGUGAAGUCAGAAGAAAAAGAGUGGCUCUUCAAAGAGGAGAUCACAAAAGUCUCCAAAGACGAGAAGUCACUGAAGAGAACCAAAGACAUAGGCAGAGCCUUCCGGGAAGAGAGAGAUCGCUCGAGUAGAGCAGAGAAGGAGAAGUCAGUGAAGGAGAAGUCUCCAAAGGAUGAAAAGCUGAGAUUGCACAAAGAGGAAAGGAAGAAAAAGUCAAAAGACCGGCCCUCAAAAUUAGAGAGAAAGAAUGAUCUGAAAGAGGACAAGAUUUCAAAGGAGAAGGGUUUUAAAGAAGAUAAAGAAAAACUCAAAAAAGAAAAAGUUUAUAGGGAAGAUUCUGCUUUUGAUGAAUAUUGUAACAAAAAUCAGUUUCUGGAGAAUGAAGACACCAAGUUUAGCCUUUCUGACGAUCAGCAAGAGAGGUGGUUUUCCGACUUGUCUGAUUCGUCCUUUGAUUUCAAAGGGGAAGACAGUUGGGACUCUCCAGUGACAGACUACAGGGACAUUAAAAAUGAUUCUGUGGCCAAGCUAAUCUUGGAAACGGUGAGAGAGGACAGUAAGGAGAAGAGACGGGACAGCAGAGCUCGGGAGAAGCGAGACUACAGAGACUCUUUCUUCAGAAAGAAGGACAGGGACUACUUGGAUAAGAGCUCUGAGAAGAGGAAAGACCAAACUGAAAAGCAUAAAAUCAUCUCCAGCUAUCUUUUGGAAAAGGAGAAAAAGAGGAGAGAGUCCACAGAAGGUGGGCGAGACAGGAGGGACACCCUUGAGGGCUCCAAAGAGCGGAAGGAUGGCCGGGCGAGGCCCGAGGAGGCUCACAGGGAGGACCCAAAGGAGUGCGGCUGUGAGGGUGCCUUCAGAGACAAGUCCGACUGCGACUUUGGGAAAGGGCUGGAGCCUUGGGAGAGGCACCAUCCUGCAAGGGAGAAGGAGAAGAAAGAUGGCCUCGAUAAGGAAAGGAAGGAAAAAAUGAAAUCAGAAAAAUACAAAGAUAAGUCCAGUGACAAAGACAAGAGUGAAAAAUGUAUCCUUGAAAAAUGUCAGAAGGACAAAGAAUUCGAUAAAUGUUUUAAAGAGAAAAAAGAUGCAAAGGAAAAGCAUAAAGACAUAUAUGGCAGAGACAAAGAAAGAAAAGCAUCUCUUGACCAAGUGAAAGACAAAAAGGAGAAGUCCUUCCCUGGAAUUAUCUCAGAAGAUUUCUCUGAAAAAAAAGAUGAAAGAAAGGGUAAAGAGAAAAGCUGGUAUAUUGCAGAUAUAUUCACAGACGAAAGUGAGGAUGAGAAAGACGAUCAUAUGGCAAGCGGAUUCAAGAUCGGAGAGGCAGGUGAGGCACAGAGGGUGGAGGGCCUCCAGGAAAAAGAGGACGGGAGAGAGCUCUAUCCCUCAGACAAGCACAGGAAGCCCUCCGACAAGCAGCACUCAGAGAGGCAGAAAGACAAAGAGCCCAAAGAAAAGAAGAAGGACAGAGGGCCUGUGGAAGGGGGAAAGGACAAAAGAGAAAAAGUCUUUGAAAAGCACAAAGAGAAGAAAGACAAGGAGUCUGCAGAGAGAUGUAAGGACAGGAAAGACAGAGCCUCUGUUGACUCCAUUCAAGACAAAAAAAGCAGACCAAAGCUGCCCGAGAAGGUUGAGAAGAAGCACUCUAUCGAAGACAAGGCUAAGAGCAAGCACAGGGAGAGGUUGGAUAAAGAACACUCCAAAGAGAGAAGGUCUUCCAGGAGUGCAGAGAUGGAGAAGAGCUUGCUGGAGAAGUUGGAGGAAGCAGCUCUCCAUGAAUACAGAGAGGACUCCAACGAUAAGGGCAGUGAGGUCUCGUCUGACAGCUUCACAGACCGCGGGCAGGACCCAGGCCUGAGCGCCCUCCUGGAGGUCUCCUUCUCAGAGCCACUGCCGGAGGACAAGACCAAGGAGGGCUGCUGCCUGCCAGAGAAGCUGAAGGAGAGGGAGCGGCACAGACACUCCUCGUCCUCAUCCAAGAAGAGCCAUGACAGAGAGAGGGCCAAGAAGGAGAAGGCCGAGAAGAAAGAGAAGGGCGAGGACUACAAGGACGGGGGCGGCAGGAAGGACUCCAGCCAGGGCGAGAAGGACUUCCCGGAUGCUGACACUUACAGCUCUUCUUACAGUGCCAAAGCUGACGUGGCGGAGGAGUUAGACAAAACCAUUGAGUUAUUUUCUACCGAAAAAAAAGAUAAAAAUGAUCCUGAAAGAGAGCCUUCCAAGAAAAUAGAGAAGGAACUAAAGCCUUAUGGAUCUAGUGCCAUCAGUGUCCUGAAGGAGAAGAGGAAGAGAGAGAAACACAGGGAGAAGUGGAGAGAGGACAGAGAGAGGCACAGGGACCGCCAUGCGGACGGGCUCCCAAGGCACCACAGGGACGAGCAGAAGGCUGUGGCCAAGGACAAGGACAAUCCUCCAAACUCUUUCAAAGAGAAGGCCAGGGAUGAAAGCCUGAGACUCAGUGAAUCCAAACCGAAGGAGAAAUUCAAAGAGAAUGCGGAGAAGGAAAAGGGUGACUCCGGGAAGAUCAGCAAUGGGAAUGACAAGUUCCCACCGUCCAAAGACCCAGGCAAGAGAGACACCAGGCCCCGAGAGAAGCUGCUGGGAGACGGUGAUCUGAUGAUGACCAGCUUUGAAAGAAUGCUGUCCCAGAAGGACCUGGAGGUCGAGGAGCGCCACAAGAGGCACAAGGAGAGAAUGAGGCAGAUGGAGAAGAUGCGGCACCGGUCUGGAGACCCCAAGCUCAAGGAGAAGACAAAGCCAGCUGAGGAUGGGCGGAAGAGGAGCCUGGACCUUCCCUCCAAGAAGCCGCUAGGGCUGGACCCUCUGUCAAAAGACAGAAAGCUCAAGGAAUCGACUCCCACUCCAUCCACCACUGAAAAUAAGCUACACCCAGGACCAGGUGCAGAAUCCAAAGACUGGCUUGUGGGGCCUCACGUGAAAGAGGUCUUGCCCACAUCCCCCAGGCCUGAGCAGGGCCGGCCCACCGGGGUGCCUACACCCACAUCAGUGGCGUCAUGCCCCAGCUACGAAGAGGUGAUGCACACGCCCAGGACACCCUCCUGCAGCGCUGAUGACUACCCCGACCUCAUGUUUGACUGUGCCGACUCUCAGCAGUCAAUGCCUGUAUCCACCACGUCCACCAGCGCCUGCUCCCCCUCCUUCUUUGACAGGUUCUCCGUGGCAUCAAGUGGGCUUUCGGAAAACCCAAGCCAGACUCCUACAAGGCCACUGUCCACAAACCUUUAUCGCUCAAUCUCUGUUGAUAUCAGGAGGACCCCUGAAGAGGAAUUCAGUGUUGGGGACAAGCUUUUCAGGCAGCAGAGUGUUCCUGCUGCAUCCAGCUACGACUCUCCUGGGCAGCGCUUGAUGGAAGAUAAGGCUCCCCUGCCCCCAGCACCCACGGAGAAGUUCGGCUGCUUGUCUCCAGGGUAUUACUCUCCGGACUAUGGCAUCCCCUCCCCCAAGGUUGACACUCUACAUUGCCUGCCUGCAGCUGUUGUCAACGCCACCUCAUCCCCAGAGGCUGUCUUCUCAAGUUUACAAGCAAAGCCCUCCUCGUCCCCCAGAGGGGAGCUGUUAGCCCCUUCCAUUGAAGGGGUGCUACCCCCUGAUCUGGGCCUUCCUCUGGAUGCCACAGAGGACCAGCAGGCCACCGCUGCCAUCAUCCCCCCAGAGCCCAGCUACCUGGAGCCCCUGGACGAGGGCCCCUUCAGCACGGUCAUCACCGAGGAGCCUGCCGAGUGGGCUCACUCCUCUGCCGAGCAGGCCCUUUCUCCCAGCUUAAUCGGGACUGCCUCUGAAAAUCCUGUCAGCUGGCCCGUGGGCUCAGACCUUCUGCUGAAGUCUCCACAGAGAUUUCCAGAGUCCCCCAAACAUUUCUGCCCUGCAGAGUCCCUCCACCCUGCCGCCCCAGGGCCCUUCAGCACCUCAGAGCCCCCCUACCCCGUCUCCCCUGUUUCAUACCCUUUGCCGGUUGCCGAGCCAGGACUGGAGGAUGUCAAGGCAGACCGGGUGGAGGCUGUCGCAGCUGCGAUGUCCACAGCAGAAGCCACGGCUCCCUACGCCCCUCCUUCCAGGUUGGAGUCUUUCUUCAGCAACUGUAAGUCACUUCCGGAGGCGCCCCUGGACGUGGCCCCUGAGCCUGCGUGUAUAACCACCGUGGCUCAGGUGGAAGCUCUGGAGCCCCUGGAAAGUAACUUUCUGGACAGUAGUCACAACCUGUCUGCCCUUGGCCAGGUGGAGCCAGUCCCCUGGCCUGACGCAUUUGCCAACUCUGAGGAUGACCUGGACCUGGGGCCCUUCUCGCUGCCCGAGCUUCCUCUUCAGACUAAAGAUGUUUCAGAUGUUGAAACAGAAGCUGUAGAAGAAAGUCUUGCUCCUUCAGAGAAGGUCCCUUCAGGGCCCCCCACGGUCAUAAACGGUGGAGAUGUCUCUGCAUCAGCGGCUGAGGAGCAGCCAGUGCUGCCUGCAGACCGCGCAUCCACUCUGCCCUCCACUGAGCAUGAGUGUGUGCCCUCAGAGGAGCCUAAGCCAGAUGUGGUUCUAGAAGCUCCGGGGGAAGCAGAUGCUGCGCCAGAAGAGAGGGCCUCCGAGGACUUGGACUCCAGCUCAGUGCCCGUGCCCAUCCCCCCCGAACAGCGUCCACUGGGGAGUGGAGAUGAUACCACGGCUGAGGACCCCUCAGCCACAUCCCACUGUGCACCUGCUGGUCCCCACGUGGAUGGCUCAGCACAGGCAUAUGCCGUGGAUGGUGCUGGCCCCCACAAUCACACUGGGGUCCCCCAUGCCACUGCUCCAGCUGAGGCUGCUCCAGGUGGCGUCCAGUCGGAAGCUGCAGAACCAGAAAUAAAGCCCAUAGCCGAAGCCCCGAAGGCCCCCAAGGUGGAGGAAGUCCCUCAGCGCAUGACCAGGAACCGAGCCCAGAUGCUGGCGAACCAGAGCAAGCAGAGCACACCUCCGUCAGACAAGGAGCUUGCCCCUGCCCCGGCCACCCGUGCAAAGGGCCGCGUCUCCGAGGACGAUGACACCCAGGCCCAGCACCCCCGCAAACGCCGGUUCCAGCGCUCUAGCCAGCAGCUGCAGCAGCAGCUGCACACAUCCACACAGCAGACACGGGAGGUGAUCCAGCAGACACUGGCCGCUAUCGUGGAUGCCAUCAAGCUGGACGACAUCGAGCCCUAUCACAGUGACAGGUCAAAUCCGUACUUCGAGUACCUGCAGAUCAGGAAGAAGAUCGAGGAGAAGCGCAAGAUCCUCUGCUACAUCACGCCCCAGGCACCCCAGUGCUACGCUGAGUAUGUCACCUACACGGGCUCCUACCUCCUGGAUGGCAAGCCACUCAGCAAGCUCCACAUCCCUGUGAUCGCGCCCCCUCCCUCCCUGGCAGAGCCCCUGAAGGAGCUGUUCAAGCAGCAGGAGACAGUCCGCGGCAAGCUGCGUCUACAGCACAGCAUCGAGCGGGAGAAGCUGAUUGUGUCCUGCGAGCAGGAGAUCCUGCGGGUCCACUGUCGGGCGGCAAGGACCAUUGCCAACCAGGCGGUGCCAUUCAGUGCCUGCACGAUGCUGCUGGACUCAGAGGUCUACAACAUGCCACUGGAGAGCCAGGGCAAGUCGCCGCCCCGACACCCCAGGGAGACCCAGCAAACCAGUCACAUAGGAGUCUUCAGGGCCUUCCUUGGGGCCUCCCAUGUCGCCUGGGCACCAUCACGGGGGGACGAGAACAAGUCUGUGCGGGAUCGGUUUAAUGCCCGCCAGUUCAUCUCCUGGCUGCAAGAUGUGGAUGACAAGUACGACCGCAUGAAGACGUGCCUCCUGAUGCGGCAGCAGCACGAGGCCGCGGCCCUCAACGCUGUGCAGAGGAUGGAAUGGCAGCUGAAGGUGCAGGAGCUGGACCCUGCCGGGCACAAGUCCCUGUGUGUGAACGAGGUGCCCUCCUUCUACGUGCCCAUGGUCGAUGUCAACGAUGACUUCGUGCUGCUGCCAGCGUGACACACCCAUAGGAGGGCUGCAGCGUCUGCCCAGUGCUGCUUAUGAGUCCAGCAGCAGCUGAGGAAGCACCAUGUCCCUGGGUGGGGAGCAACCUGGAGAGAGACUGCACUCACCAUAGCGCCUCCACUCUCGUGGUCUGGUGCAGACAUCAGGGAGGCGGAACGUGUCUCUUUUAUACCAGCUGCCGCAGGGAGGAUGAGGAGUACGAGAAGACUGCGCAGGCAGGUGCACACGGCAGCCUCUGUCUCUGAAUCUGGCAAUGUUCAGGUCCUUUUUCCCAGAUGCCUGCAGGGGCAUUUCAGGAGUUACAGAACCGAGUGCAUUUUUAAAUUUCUUGUUCCAUUCUGGUCUGCUAAAGGCAGUAAGAUUAAGGUGUCCGCCUCUCACAGACAGUGACCUCCACCUUGGAGCGGCACUAAGACGUCAUCCUGGUUGCCAUGCUGUUGCCAUGGAGCUGCUGGCGGCCUCAGGCCGGGGCUGGUGUCUGGUGAGACCCGGUCACACCGCCCACCCGGGUGCAGAGGGACACAGAGCCAGGACCCUCCGAUAGUGUUUUUAAUGGAGUCAAAUCCAUGUGGUUUGUAUAUUUUUUCCUUUAAUCUUGGGCAUUUUGUUUCUCUUUCUGAGAACAUAACUUGAAACACUACAGAGCCAAUAAUCAUAUAAAAAGUGUAUCCGUAAACGCUGUACAGUUUUAUAUACAUUCACAAUGUACUUUGCUGCCUUCUAGAUAAUUUAUUUUGCAACACAUGACUGCACAGUUGUAAAUAACUUAUGUACUGUAACAUCACUUUCAGUUACGUGUAAAGAA